UUUGUAGCUUUGGGUUUUUGUUUGUUUUAAAACCCUAGCUCUUUAUUCCUCGCGUAACUCUUCUUUGUCUCACUCUCUCAAAUGGAAGGGUCCGUCGAAGAAACGGCGAAGGCAGUUUCCGAUUUAUCAAUGGAUUCCGCAGCUACCGGUGAAACUCAGAGCAAAAAUGCUCGUAAGAAGGAACUUAAAAAUAAGCAGAAGGAAGAGGAGCGUCGCCGUAAGGAGGAGGAAAAAGCGGCCAAACAGGCUGCAGCCAAGGCAAGCUCACAAAGUCAAAAACCUGCAGGAACUGAUGAUGAAGAUAUGGAUCCCACGCAAUUCCAUGAAAAUAGGUUGAAAUUUCUUGCAAGCCAGAAGGCAGAGGGGAAAAAUCCAUAUCCUCAUAAGUUCUUCGCAUCUAUGUCUAUCAUUGAAUAUAUAGAUAAAUAUGGAAGCUUAGGCAAUGGGGAGCAUAUUGAGGAUGUUACAGAAUCUUUGGCUGGGAGAAUUAUGAGCAAAAGAGCAUCCAGUUCAAAGCUGUUCUUUUAUGACUUGCAUGGUGAUGGUGCCAAAGUCCAAGUUAUGGCUGAUGCGAGCAAGUCAGGCUUGGAUGAAGCCGAAUUCGCAAAAUUGCAUUCCAGUGUGAAGCGUGGUGAUAUAGUUGGUGUCACUGGGUUUCCAGGCAAAACUAAGAGAGGGGAGUUAAGCAUCUUUCCAAAAUCAUUCAUGGUUUUAUCCCAUUGUCUCCAUAUGAUGCCGAGGCAAAAAGCAGGUCCUGAUGCCAGUGUCAAGAAAACUGACAUAUGGGUCCCAGGAAGUACCAGGAAUCCUGAAACAUAUAUUUUGAAGGAUCAGGAAACUCGAUAUCGCCAACGCUAUCUUGAUUUGAUGUUAAAUCUGGAGGUUCGUCAAAUAUUCAAGACAAGAUCUAAGAUCAUUUCUUAUGUAAGGAGCUUUCUCGACAAUCUUGAUUUCUUGGAGGUUGAAACUCCCAUGAUGAACAUGAUUGCUGGAGGUGCAGCUGCCCGUCCAUUUGUAACCUAUCACAAUGAAUUAAACAUGAAGCUCUACAUGCGUAUUGCACCUGAGUUAUAUCUGAAGGAGCUGGUAGUUGGUGGGCUGGAUCGUGUUUAUGAAAUUGGAAAACAAUUUAGAAAUGAGGGUAUUGAUUUGACUCACAAUCCUGAAUUUACUACCUGUGAGUUCUAUAUGGCUUUUGCAGACUAUAAUGACUUGAUGGAGCUCACUGAAAAAAUGUUGAGUGGGAUGGUUAAGGAACUUACAGGCAGCUAUAAAAUUAAGUAUCACGCAAAUGGCCUUGAUAAUGAUCCAAUUGAGAUUGAUUUCACUCCGCCUUUCAGGAGGAUUGACAUGGUAGAGGAGUUAGAGAAGAUGGCUAACCUCAACAUACCCAAGGACUUUUCCAGCAAUGAAGCUAACAAGUAUUUGGUGGAUGCAUGUGCAAAGUUUGAGAUCAAAUGCCCUCCUCCUCAAACAACAGCACGUUUGUUGGAUAAACUUGUGGGGCAUUUUCUAGAAGAGACGUGUGUGAAUCCUACUUUCAUCAUCAACCAUCCUGAAAUAAUGAGUCCUUUGGCAAAGUGGCAUAGGUCAAAACCGGGGCUGACUGAACGUUUUGAACUGUUCAUCAACAAACAUGAACUUUGCAAUGCAUACACUGAGUUGAAUGAUCCAGUUGUACAACGUCAACGUUUUGCCGAACAACUGAAGGACCGGCAAUCAGGUGAUGAUGAAGCAAUGGCUUUGGAUGAAACAUUCUGUACUGCACUCGAGUAUGGAUUGCCACCAACUGGUGGUUGGGGAAUGGGUAUUGAUCGGCUAGCUAUGUUAUUAACAGAUUCACAGAAUAUCAAGGAGGUUCUUCUCUUCCCAGCCAUGAAACCUCAGGAUGAACCAUCUGCUAAAGCAGCUCCAGCAACUUAGGGAGUUAAACCUGCUGAAAUAUGACACUUGUGCUUUGAUCUACUAUGUUUACGGUAAUCCCUGCAGUGAGAGAUGUCAAAGUUUUUGGUAUCAAUUGAUUUUGUCAAAAGAGAGUUUUACAGUUGUCAUUCAACCCUCUAUGUUGGGGCAAAUAUUGGUAGUAUUCAUGUUUACAAAUGUGAGAUUAAUUUUAACUGAAUAGUCAGUUCGAAUGGUA